AUGGCUGAAGACUAUGGGUAUAAGUUGGAGACCGUUAAGGCCACCAGCAUUAGUUCGGAUGAGAUCGAUAAGACUUUCCGAUCUAAUUCCAUCGACUUGAUUUCUGGAGCAUUAGGAGGCAAAGUCCUAGGCUUCUCAGACCAAUGGUUUGCCGAUGCCGACAAUUUAGUGACGCCUACGCCUCCUAUAAGGCAACUAGGCAAGAUGGUCUACACAGGCGCUUGGUAUGACGGUUGGGAAACGAGAAGGCACAAUCAAGAACCUUUCGACUGGGUUGUCAUACGACUUGGUGUCGCGUCGGGUACCGUAAAAGGAGUCGAAAUCGACACUGCCUUUUUCAAUGGCAACCACGCUCCCUCUAUUUCGGUCGAAGGCUGCUUCUCCUCUGACGACGACAAGGUUUUAUCCUGGAAAGGGGGAAGAGGUGAAUGGGAGCCCAUUCUAAGUAUUCAAGAAUGUGGACCAUCUCAGAGGUUUGGUUGGAAACUAGACAACCCCACCUCGAAGCAGUACACACAUGUUAGGCUCAACAUGUAUCCCGAUGGAGGAAUUGCGAGAUUUCGACUGUUUGGACAUGCGGUGCCAGUCUUCCCCGAAAAUGCAGAUGCAAUUUUCGAUCUAGCUGCUGCCCAAAACGGUGGUGUUGCAGUUUCGUGUAGUGACCAACACUUCGGCACUAAGGACAACCUCAUUCUGCCUGGUCGAGGCAAGGAUAUGAGUGACGGUUGGGAGACAGCCCGCUCUAGGUCCAAGGGCCAUGUCGACUGGACUAUCAUCCGUCUAGGUGCUCCGGCUCUUAUUCAAGACUUUGUAGUCGAUACAGCUUUUUAUAGAGGAAACUUUCCCCAGAAAACGAAGAUUGACGCCAUAGAAUGGAAAGAGGCCGGAGAACCUGGAGCAGAUGCUCAAGGGUGGACUGAAGUGCUGGAGCCCAGUAAGUGCGGACCAGAUCAGGAACAUAACUUUACCUGCGCCAUAAAGGACAAGCCCUUCACCCACGUCAAACUGACCAUCAUUCCUGAUGGAGCCAUGGAUUUCGGGGAUCUGGACUCUGAUGGCGGGGGAUUCGGCAACGAGAUGCGGUCGAAGCCUCGCCCUCUCCCGGCUGACCUCCCCAAGUCCCUAGACGAUCGUAGAGUAGUACCGACAGAUCUGGUCCCGGAGACGGAGAUGUACGAUGGCUGGCAAGGCCAGUCGCAGUUCCUAACGAGCCCGAUGCUAGCGAAGCCCCUUCACUUCAGCAACCUAACCCUUGACGAUCCAAACUACGAUGAAGACUUGACUAAGGGCAUGCCCGACAGCGAUACGCGAUUGAUGCAAAUGCUGGCGGCGCAGGCACAACAUCUUGGCGGGGAAGCUUUCGGUGACGUAAAUGCAAUUGCAACCGAUGAUAAAUUAUCCGACGACGAGAAGAAGUCGAUGCUACAGAAGGUUUUGAUUAUGUCUGCAAGCAAUGGCGACCUCGAUAACGUAAAAAAGAUACUUGAUGGCAAGGCGAGGCAAUUUGUCGAUAUGAAUGCAUCUGAUGAUGAGGGAACACCAUCCCUAGUUUAUGCAAGCUGCUUUGGACAUGAAACCGUGGUGCAGGCUCUUGUAGAUGCUGGUGUUGACGUAGACAAGCAAGACCGCAACCAUUGGAGCCCUUUAAUGUGGGCCAUGACGAAUAGGCACAAGAGCAUUGCGAAGAUACUGCUAGACAACGGGGCAUCUCCGGAGGCAAAGACCUCAUCUGGCAGAACAGCUUUUGACUUCGUUCCCCCGGACAGCGAUAUGUCAUUCUAUCUUCACGAUAAUGGCUACGGCAUUGGAAAUGCUGGGGUGACAGAUGAUUUCUAUAACCCAGGCUUCUCCCAAGAUAGAUUCGAAGAGGAAAUGGCCGAGAAUGAAAUACGGCGGCGCAUGAUGAUGGAUAGUGCACGAGAUCUUGAGGUUGACCUAGGUAAUAUGGGAAUCGAUGACCAACCCGAGCCCAUGGAUGAUUUUGAAGAGGAGCUGCAGGAAUUUGACUGGGGUCGGUGUUUACAUGAUCAGAUGUUCGUCUUUCAAGAGAGCGACCUGGAUAGGAUACUCGAUAUUGUCAUUACCAAUAUGCAACCUCAGCGCUCGCCGUCUCAGAAGCCUGUCCCGGCAAAUAUGAUAUUUCUUAGCGCUAGGUAUGCUCACUACCAUUCUAGUCGCGAUCUAUUGACGAAAUUGCUUGUCACCGCUCAAGAUAAGAUUAACGAAGUUGUCGAAGCCCAUCAAUGGGAUAUGACUAUCUUGGCGUUUUGGAUGUCAAACGCAACCCUACUGCUCCAUUAUCUAAAGAAAGAUGCCGGUUUAGUUGAGGCGACAACUGAGUUCCAGGCGCAACUCGCAGAGCUAAUCAACGAGAUCUUUAUCCUCGUCGUCAGGGAUGCAGAACGACGAUUAGAUAAGGUUCUAGAUGCUGCAAUGCUUCAUCAUGAGACGAUUCCCGGAUUAGAUGAUGUUACUUUUCAACACGAAUGGAAGAUAUUUAAGAGAAAAAAGGAGGUGAAAGAAGAGCCCCUCGAGAAGCGAUUCCGACCCCCUUCUCCAAAGCAGCGUGCCAAACCCGCUCCCCGAAACGUAACAUCACUUCUUUCAUCCACUCUGUUCGUCCUUGACCUCUACGAUAUUCACUCAGUCAUUACGGCGCAAAUCAUAUCGCAAUUGCUCUACUGGCUAGGUGCGGAACUCUUCAACCGAAUUAUGAAUAAUAGAAAAUAUCUCGCCAGGACCAAAGCCAUGCAAAUCAGAAUGAAUGUUUCGGUAUUAGAGGAUUGGGCUCGUUCUAAUAACCGCCAGCCCGAACAUUACGAGCAUGGUGAGACAAGUUCAUCAGGUGAGACAACGAUGGAAGCGGCGCGCAGGCAUCUAGCGCCUGUUGUCCAACUCCUCCAGUGGCUACAGUGUUUCUCAUCUCUAGAUUCGGACGAUUUAGAGGCAUUGGUUGGAACACUCCAGCAGCUCAAGCGACUAAGCCCGCAACAACUAAUAUAUGCCGCUAAGAAUUACCGAUUAGAAGUUGGAGAAAAGGGAUUACCUAAGAGUGCAUUGAAGUAUCUUGAUGCAAUUCAGAAGGAGGCCGCACUCAGGAGAGAUCGAAGAAGGACAGUAUCCCCCAUGCCAGCUAGCAUGCCAUCGACACCUAUCAAGACCACGUUCAACGGCGUUACUGCGGAAACUCCAGGUAGCUUUCAAGGCACGCCGAAUCCAGACCUAGACGACGACGAUGAUGUGCCGGAAGGAAUCAAUCUAGAUCCCUCCCUGAUGUUACCGUUCACCCUCCCAACUGUCACGGAUAUGCUUAUAUCUUACGGGGCCGGAUUUGGAGGGGUUAACCGGGAGCGGGAGAGGAAAUACAUACCAACGAUCCCACCGGAGUUUCUUGAUAAGCUAGAAGUGAGCGGUAAUUCAAAUCGGCCAAUCUUUGGCGAGAAAGAUUGGGAGAACGAAGAAGUUUGA